AUGUUGACCUUGCUCAACGACACUAAUGAGCAUCGCACGACAUCGGCACCAAUAAAGUCAUCGGAGAAGACACCUCACUUCCAAACCUAUUGCCCUGGACGAACGGCGCUAACAACUUUCGUCCCCUUAGUACCUAGGCGAAGAGAAAUUUUAGGGACCGAAAGUCCUCACAUUUUUUCUCUCUCGCACCCACUACUCCUCGCGCAUGCGCAGAAAGCGGACAACUCCAAAUAUGAUGUGCAAGUGCCAGCUCCAGCUUCUCCAGUUGCAUCAGGCCCAGGAAUACACACAAAUUCGCAAAUGGCUUCGAGCGUCGUCUCUCGCAUCAUAUUUGUAACCGGCAACAAAGACAAGCUGCGAGAAGUAGUGACUAUCUUGGGCAAGAUACCUGGUUUCGAAUUGGAUAACCGUGCAGUGGAGCUGGUGGAGCCCCAGGGCGAGAGUGACGCCGUCUGUCGGACCAAAUGUGAGGCUGCUGCGCGCCUCGUGGGUGGUCCAGUGCUCGUGGAGGACACAUCACUCUGCUUCAACGCCCUGGGUGGCCUACCCGGACCGUAUGUCAAGUGGUUCCUCGACAAGAUCGGCUCCGAGGGACUCCAUCGCAUGCUCGCGGGCUUUGAGGACAAGCAUGCAGAGGCAGUGUGCACUCUGGGCUUCAGCCCGGGUCCCGAGAAGCCGGUGCGCUUGUUCCACGGCCGCACGCAGGGCACCAUAGUGGCACCUCGGGGCAGCAACAACUUUGGCUGGGACACGUGCUUCCAGCCCGAGGGGCACAGCCGCACCUACGCCGAGAUGAGCACGGCCGAGAAGAACGCCAUCUCGCACCGGCACAGGGCGGUGGAAGCGCUGCGCCAGUUUCUGCUCUCACCAGACGCCGCUCGCGAGUGCGGCAGUGGCCUCUGAUGUUUUCCAGUUGGCGCAGUAGGAUGCAUGUACAUAAAUGGCAUAAGCGAGUCAUUUGCCGUAUCUUUUGAAUGUGAUACAAAGAUAUUAUCCCCUGUUUCGUUAUGUCUUGUUAAGUGGACAAUAGAAGACUGGAUUUUUGUUCAGCGUGGUUUAACUAGGUUUUUUAGGUGCUAGCGUACGAGAAUGGGUGUGGCUACAUGGCGGUAUAGAGAGCAGAGUGUUUCAAGACAGGAGAGCCUACAAGCCUGAGAGUCAGACACAACUUGCUAUGUACUUCGUCUGCUCAAAUUUGCAGAGGAGCAGGAGGGUUGUGGAGAUGGAAGUAACGGAGUAUUUAGAAGGAGCGCUCAGCCAGUGUGCAACAUCGCACGCGAUGGUGGCACCAUUUCUCUAUCCUCCUUGUAGCAGCGUGUUCUCUCAGUCGACUGAUGUGUGCGAGUAGGUUUUUUUCUUUAAUUACCUCUGCCACAAUUGUGCCUGUUAUAAUGUGAUUAGACAAAUUGGUGGCAAUAAUUUUGAAAGUGCGACUAGUUUAUUACGAUAUACGCAUGAUGUAUUAGAAAUACACUAUACGGAAGGAAGUCCAUUAGCCAGGGCUUGAAAUGCAGUGUUUUGGGCGUAAUAAAAUCGCAGAUUAUGAGCAAAACAGCAGGGGACCCAGGUGGGGUUUAUGAUCUGUCACAAUCUCAAACCUUUGCCCAUAUGUGUAGUCAUGAAACUUCCUAAUGUUUAACACUACAUACAGCCAGGGCUUCCUUGUCAAUCUGUGCUCAAUCUGUGGUUAUCAGUGUUCUUGAAUAGAAAGCAACAGGGGCUUUUUGAUUGUAUUCCAGUCGGUGGCUGAGUACAGCCCCAAUGCCGCAAGGAAAAAUGUCACACGUUAUCACAAGAGGUUUGCUCAUGUUGAAAUGGUGCAGCACGUUUUCUGACGAUAACAACUGCUUUGAUUUCCUGAAAGCGUGGUCAGGCCCCGGAAAGUAAAGCUAGCUUCGGUUUCAAAGAACAUGCACGCUCCUAGCGGUUGCCGGACAUCCUAAGUUAUUUUUUUUAUUUCUCUUUUUGUGAAUUUUAAAUUGGGCAAAGCGUGGGAAGUGGUCGCCAUCGUGCAACCGUCGAGCUUGCCUCCGCUCACCCUUGCCACUCGCUCAGCGAUAUCACAAGUCAGAUCGCGCUUGGUCGUAUGCUUCAGUUGACGUCCCAAGUGUAACGAUGGGAAAGACAAGACGGAGCAUUAGACGAAGAUGGCUAAAUGGGGGCAUCACAUGUAUUGUGCGGCCCUGUGUUGUUUGAACACCGAGAAUUCCAGUUCUGCGAAGUUUUUCAGGUUUCCUAAUGACCAUGGGUAAGCACAAAUAUUUCACUCUAUUUCCUGAGCAGGUAUUCAUUUUGCAUGAGUAAACCAGUUCUGUGCAAGCCUGAGUGUACUGACAUAAGAGCAGUGUUGCUCGGCUCAUUUGUCAUGACGACAGCCCAUCUGUUGCCGGUGAAAUACUUCUAAUGAAGAGCAUGAGUGCGUGUUUUUGGGCUAUACUCUUUCGUUCAUUCUUUGUCGACAUGCAAAGCCAAGGUUAAAAAAAAGAAAAGAAAGACGCAGCCAUGGUGGUUAAUAAUUUUUGCAUUGGUAUGGACCUUCUGGAAAAUAUUUUCACUCAUUAUGUACAAACUUCCGUUGUGAAUGAAAAUUGCUUCUGUAGAUUGUCACUUUCGCACUGCGUGGAGGUCAGUCUGUUUCCAGUACUGAAUGUGUGAAUAAAAACAAAAUGGUCAAAUUUUACUUGUGUUGAGUUUUGGCUGGCCGAGAAAUCGGCUAGUUUUAGUUGAUGCACUUCAUAACACAUGAACAAAAUUAACAAUUGAUGGUGCCAGGAAGUUACUUUCUUAAUGCUAC